CCUUGAAUGUUGGGGCUGAUCAUAUACACACACAAGUUGACACAGACAGGUUCAAAUUAAGGGUAAUUAAUGAAGAGUGUCCACACGUGUAACUUCUUUGAUUGUAACCCUUGUCUGUGUAUAAAUAGUCAAUUUAAAUUCAUGCAGAGCUGCACUGACUUUGCUGGAUACCAAGCCAAGGGGAAAGCAAAAGAGUCAUCAAAUGACCUGCAAGGAAAAGUUGUUGAAUUGUAUAAAUCAGAAUAUGGAUAUAAAAAAAUAUCCAAAGAUCUGAAAAUGUCUGUCAGUAGUCUUCAAACUCUGAUAAGAACUGGAAAGUUAAGGGGCUCUGUUGUUACCAAACCACGGUCAGGGAGACCAACCAAGAUUUCAGCCACAACUGCCAGGAUCAUUUGUCAAGCUGGUAAGAAAAACCCACAAGCCACUUCAGCUGAGGUACAGCCUUCUCUGCAAACAAGUGAUAUUGUUCUUUCAACACAAUAAUGAGGUACAAAAAUGGGCUGCAUGGUCAAGCUGCACGAAAAAAGUCUUCACUGUGCCAAUGCCACAAAACAGCCCACUUACAAUAUGCCACGCAGCAUCUAGAAAAGACUCAAAACGUCUGCAACAAAGUCCUUUGUAGUGAUUAGUCCAAAUUUGAACUUUAUGGUCACAACCAUAAAUGCAAGGCCCAUAACAAAAAGUACACCAUCCCUACUGUGAAGCAUGGCAGUGGAUCUCUGAUGUUCUGGAUUGUGAGCUACAGCGGCACAGGAAACUUAGUGAAAAUUGAUGACAAGAUGAAUGCAGCAUAUUACUGGAAAAUAUUGGAGGACAACUUGCAUUCAUCAGUCUGGAAGCUGCACAUGGGACACACUUCCAUCUUCCAGCAUGACAGUGAUCCAAAACACAAGGCCAAGUCGACCCUUCGGUGGCUACAGCAGAGUAAAGUGAAGGUGCUGGAGUGGCCAUCACAGUCUCCUCACCAGAAUUUCAUUGAGCCACUUUAAGGAGAUCUCAAAUGUGUAGUUCAUACAAGACAACACAAGAAUUUACGGGACCUGGAAGCUUUUUGUCAAGAAGAAUGGGCAGCUCUACCACUUGAGAAAGUCAAGGACCUCCUCCACAGCUAUCACAAAAGAAUGCAUGCCAUCAUUGAUGCUAAAGGGGGCAAUAAACAGUAGUAAGGGUAUGCAAAUUUUUGAUGAAGUGCUUUCUCAUUAUUUACCUUAUCACUAUGUUUUGUUUAAUGGUUGUGCUGGUCUGUGGUACCUAGUGUGUGCCUAGUUUUACUUGGAUUCCAUUAAAGGUAAAUGAAAUGUGUUUUGCCUGAUCAGUCAUCUUUUACUAAUUCUGAAAGGGUAUGUAAACUUAUGAGCACAACUCAUUUGACAGCAAAAUUUGAUGUUUGGUAACUGCCACACAGUCCACCGAGGCUCAUGCCAAGGCUGUCUUAACAUAUGGGCACAGACUGGGGUCCCCAGGAACAUAGGGGCCCACCAUGUUACUGAGGCUUAUGUAUGUUUCUGUUUUGCUAUCAAAACAGGGGCCCUAGUGCACUACUUUGCCCGGGGGACUAUGAUGCUGGUAAGGUGGGCCUGUUUUGUUCUUGUCGGCUGUCCUGUUUGGUCGUCCACUGAGAGUGAGUGCAGUUCAUAUAUAUGGGGGCACCAAAAUCUUUUAAGCUAAAGCUCUUAAUCUGGCCCAGGAUAGCCUCUCAACCCAAUAAUGGCUGUCUCUUUUGUGGUCACUACUCCCAGCUUAACUGACCUUCCCAAUUUUUGCAGGUUCUCUGGCUGUGUCUGUAGCUGACAUGACAGCACCUGUUGUCGGCUCUUCAGGAGGUGUAUAUGCACUUGUGUCUGCUCAUUUGGCAAAUGUUGUCAUGAACUGGUCGGGGAUGAAGUGCCAAUUCAAGCUUCUGAGGAUGGCGGUGGCACUAGUUUGCAUGAGUGCCGAGUUUGGAAGAGCAGUCUGGCUGCGCUUCUACCCCUCAGUCUUCCUCCUUUGCCCCAACCCCAGCUUUGUGGCUCACCUGGGCGGGGUGGGAGUGGGCAUCACGCUGGGAGUGGUGGUUCUAAGAAACUACGAACAGAGACUUCAGGAACAGUCCGUAUGGUGGAUCUUUGUCUUUGUCUAUGUUGUGUUUCUAGUGCUGUCUAUUUUCUGGAAUAUCUUUGCCUAUGACCUACUUGACAUAAAACUACCACCAGAUCCUUAAAGAAGAAACUUGUAAAUCCUGAAUGUCAAGUGGAGGAUCCUCCUUGGGACUGAAAAGUGGUGAGCAGUGGACUUCUGUUUCACAUUUAUUACUCUGGGGUGAAUAGAGUUUAGAAAUUACAAAAAAAAAUUCAGGUGCUACCCAUUGCUCAUUGUGUAUCACACAUAAACCUGCAAGUGUUACUGCUAUGUCACGAGUGAUUGGCAUAACAAUGAAAAAGCACAUCAGUCAAGCAUGUCAGUAUUACUGGCAUAUACAAAGUUGGGUGCGACAGAGUGGAAUCUUGAUGCCACGUAGCCAUUAAGCACUUAGGAUCUUCCUCUCCUGAGAUUUAUGAACAGAAGGCGGUCCGCUGACCUCAGUGCUGCUGUACCUUUCCAGACUUGGAUUGCACAAGUGUGGGCUGAGGACCAUUGGCAUGAACAUUUACUGUGCAUGAGGAAGGAAACCUUUGAUGUGGCUCCACCUGGUGGUGCACGGAGGGCUUACAGAACUCAAAUACCUCUUGCGGUCUGCUGCUCGCAACUGCAAAACUAUUUAAGGUGCCUGGUGGUGAACCCAAGAGUGGUAAUGGCCACACCAAACACCUCCUGUGAGCUUAAUUCAUGUUUGGGAUUCAAUAAAAGGCCCAAUGAUGCGUAUUUGUACAGUGGAAAUAUGAAGUGUCAACAGUGUUUUCUUUUUGGCCUAUAGUUUGCCAACCGCAGGCUGCAUAUGUUGGAUUUAAUUUAUUAUUUCCUGUCACUGUGUUGCUUGUAUAUGAAGCCUUGCUCUUAUUUGUACAGUUAAGGAAGCUAGAACUGAAGGGCUACAGCAGAGUAUCCAUAAGUAUUCUGUAUAUUUUGUAUAUCUGUAAAUAUUGGAAGCUAUUAAAAUCUUUUUAAAUAAAA